AUGGAACCUGUCGGAGCUGUGAAAGACUUUCAACAACAUGUCGCCCAGUACAUCAAGGAAUACGACUGCUACGGGAACAGUGCAGAGAGGGACCACGUUGAGUUCAUGCCACAGAUUGAACUUGGCCGAUUCUGGACUAUCGAGAAAAUUGAAGAUGUUCUUUGCAGCACGGAGCCUCACAUCCUGGAUACCGGCCAAGAAAUCAGGGAACAUUACCUCGUUGUAUUCUCUGUCCUGACGUUCAUGGCGCGACAUCAAGAUAUAUCUGUCUUCAUUCGGUAUAAUGUGGAUGACAGCGGGCUGCCACUACUGGCAACACCAACUGCAGCCUCGGAAUCCAGCAGCGAUCGCGAAGUGUUCGAGCGAUUCCAGAAAUCCCAGUGGAAAUUUUGUCCACUGACACUCAACAUGGGUAGAAGUGAGAGAAAACCAAGCAAGAGGGAAUUAUCUCCUUUUCAUAUCAUACCAGUUUCGAAAACAGAAAGAAUUAGUCCGAGGGAGUCUGGUCAUCGUGACGAUAUCUGUCUUGACAAAGUGACGUUGCAUGAGCAAUGCUCCGCCUACAAGACUGUUGUAUUCAAGAUUCUUCGGGGUAGCAGUGACACCCUAAAGGUCAUGUACGAUAAUGAGGUUGACAUGUACAAGAACCUUAUCAAGGAAGACUCAUUCAAUCACAUCAUGAGAUACUACGGUUCUUUUCAAAGCUUAGAUGUGCGGGUAAUUAUACUAGAGUAUGCCAAUGGUGGCACUCUGGAAUCCUUUUUCGAACAUCAACCUCCUCCGCAAAGCAAGGCGGAGCGCGAGCUGUUUUGGAACUGCUUGAUGGGCCUGUCCAGAGGGUUAGAGCGUAUUCACAACCUUACUGAUUCAAAAGAAUAUUCGAAAGGAGCCUGGAUGCGAAGAGGGACCCAUCAAGACAUACAUCCACAAAACAUUCUAGUCUGUAAUGAGGGCUUCGGAAACAUGCAUGGAUUCGCGUUCAAGUUUGCAGACAUGGGAACUGGCCAUAUCCGAAGGAUGAGGUAUAAAGGUCUCGACGAAGAUGCCAUGGAUCAAGAAGGCAACGGAAUGUACAGCGCACCCGAGGCCUGCGUGGAUAACAAAGGCACAAGAGGCAUACGAGGAGACAAUGACAUCUGGGCAUUAGGCUGCGUUGCAAGCGAAGCGCUGGUUUGGUGCCUUCAGGGCGACCGUGGGCGUUGGCGCUAUCAUAACGACCGCAUCAAAGCCACACAACAAACCGUGUUGAAGGAUGGAUGCCAUGUAGGCGCGUUCCACGACGGAACAUGCGUCCUGAACACAGUGGAGGAUUGGCAUCAAAAAUCAAUCAAAGACGCCGGAGAAGAUACUGAUUUCUACACCCAGCUGAGCAGUCUCAUUCUUGGUCGGAUGCUCGUUGCUGAACCAAAGCAUCGAAUUGAUGCUGCCGAGCUCUACAACGAGUGGAACUUGUUGUUUCCAAUGCAAGAAGAUAACCGGCGACAGAUUUUCCUCGUUGAUGAUUCAGCAUCUAUGAAGAACCACAAAGAGGCUGUAGGUCGGACUUGUCGGGUUCUUGCGUAUGUUUUGAAAGAGGGGGGAGCCGAUCCAGACGAAGCAUUCGAUCUUUACUUCACGUCAGCCCAGCCGAAUGUGAGGUCAGGAAAGAGUUCGGACCUUCAGAAAGCUGUUCAAGAAUGCAAAUUCUCGGAUAAUACCUGCGACAUGCAAUCGAGCUUAGACCUGAUAGCCACCAAGGUCAUCCAAAAUCGAAAACAAGUCAGCAUUUAUGUCUUGACAAACGGCCAUUGGAACUUGCAGUCUGAGGAGAAGUUUUGUGGCGUGGAUUUCCCCAUCCGACGCCUAAUCAGAUAUAUCAAGAAAGAGGACAAGCAGAGAAAUUGGGUCGGGAUACAGUUCAUUCGGUUCUUCGACCAACCCUUCUCCAAUGAAGACAAACUUGGACAGGAGCGGUUAAUUAGACUGGAUGAAGAACUGGAGACAGAGGCUGAUCGGUAUGCUCCCAUUCCCGUGUCGAUCCCCAGGUUCAUUUCAAGGUUCCGGAGGAAAGCUAAUCCCACAUUUAGGGACAUUGUUGACACCACGGACUUUGGCAAAGACGUCCACAAAAUGCUAACAGGGGCACUCUCUCGAUGGGAAGACGCUGUUGGAGAACGAGAAAAAGACUUGGAAACAUGA